GUUGAAGGUGAAGCUUGGCAAAAGUGAUAAGAUGGCAACACUCCGCACUGUAGCACGCAAGAUCACACAGAAGUCACCGAAUGAUGUUGUGGUACUAGCAGCGGUGAGAAGUCCGGUGACAAGAGCUUUCAAAGAAGGAUUCAAGGAUGCGUUUCCAGAGGAUAUACUCGGACCUGUGAUGGCCGAGUCCGUAAGACGAGCAAACAUUCAACCAGCAGAUGUGAACGACGUCCUCAUCGGCAAUGUCCUCGCCGAGCUAGGCUUCGCGAAAACAGGCCGCAUGGCACUGAACCAUUACGGCUUCCCAAAUUCCACAACAUUCCACACAGUCAACCGACAAUGCUCGAGCAGUCUCCAAGCCAUCACUCAUUUAGCCCACGCUAUCAUGGUUGGCCAGAUCGAUGUAGGAUUAGGAGGAGGGGUGGAAAGCAUGUCUCGAAACUAUGGCUCUCGAGGUGUCCCGCAAGAUGUGUCUCCGCAUCUGCGGAAUUCUCCUGUCAAAGAUGCGAGGGAUUGUUUGAUUCCUAUGGGUACGACUUCUGAGAAUGUGGCAGAGAGAUACGGGGUUGGAAGAGAGGCACAAGAUGCUUUUGCGCUGGAAAGUCAUAGAAGGGCUGAGCGUGCGAGGGAAAGUGGGCAUUUUGAGAAGGAGAUUGUUCCUGUGACUGUUAGGGUGAAGAAUGAAGAAACGGGGGAGGAGAGUGAGAGUUUGGUGGCGAAGGAUGAUGGGAUUAGAAGUGGGUUGACGUUGGAGAAGCUGAAGUCUUUGAAGCCUGUUUUCAAAGAUACGGGUGGUAGCACUGCCGGGAAUUCUUCUCAAAUCUCGGACGGAGCAGCUGCAACGAUUCUUGCACGCCGGUCAUGGGCCGAAGAGCGUGGCCUGAAGCCCAUGGGGAGGUUUGUCGGAACACAAGUUGCAGGUUGCGCUCCAGACGAAAUGGGAAUCUCUCCCGUCUUCGCGAUACCUGCUCUAUUUAAAUACGCUGGAAUCGAAUUAAAGGAUGUUGAUUUCUUCGAGCUGAAUGAAGCGUUUGCAAGUCAAAGUUUGUACUGCAUACAAAAGUUGGGACUUGACAUGGAGAAAGUCAAUCCCAGUGGUGGGGCGAUUGCGAUUGGGCAUCCCACUGGAGCGACUGGGGCCAGACAGACGGCUACUUUGUUCAAUGAGUUGCAGAGUAAUGGUAAAGAGGUGGGUGUCAUUAGUAUGUGUGCAAGCACUGGACUUGGCGUGGCUUCAUUAUUUAUUCGAGAAUAGAACAAAUGCACUUCAG